GGUUUAGGGUUUUGUAGGGAUUCAUUUUACGAUCGACUUGGACUCCGUUGCUCCUUUCCGAGGAAUUUACAUUUCUCGGAGACGGAGGAUUAUUUGUUUCUUUGCUUUUUAGUUCGGUGGCACAGCCGAAUUCAAUAGCGUAUCAAGACGUUUUUGACGGAUUCUAAACAUGUCAGGAGGUUGUGGACAUACAACAGACAAGUUAUCAGAUUCAGAGGAUGAACGAUCGAGAAUUGGGAGUCCGGCAAAGAAACUCAUAAGCUGUUCCAUUGAAGAUGUUAGGGACGAGAAUGAUGAGAAGAUUGUUCUUAAAUUGCGCCAAGAGCUUCUUAACAAACAUUCUUUGCCUCCAAGGCAUGAUGACUAUCAUAUGCUUUUGAGCUAGGUUUCUGAAAACAAUGGAUUUCAACAUCGACAAAACCGUCAGUGCAUGGGAAGAAAUGCUCAAAUGGAGGAAUGAAUUUGGAGCAGAUCAAAUUAUACAGGAUUUCAAUUUCAAUGAGUUGGACCAAGUCACAAUGUACUAUCCUCAAGGGUACCAUGGAGUUGAUAAAAAUGGUAGACCCAUCUAUAUCGAGAGACUAGGAAAAGCUCAUCCCGGUAAGCUUAUGGAUGUUACAACCAUUGACCGGUACUUGAAGUACCAUGUCCAAGAAUUCGAAAAGGCUCUUCAACAGAAGCUCCCUGCCUGUUCCAUCGCUGCAAAGCGACGUGUCACUACUACGACUACAAUACUUGAUGCUGAUGGCCUGGGUAUGAAGAACUUUAGUCCUGCAGCGGCAAAUCUCCUGUCCUCUAUUGCUAAAGUAGAUUGUAGUUAUUACCCUGAGACUUUGCAUAGAAUGUUCAUUGUCAAUGCAGGAUUUGGAUUCAGGAGUUUGAUUUGGCCUGCCGCACAGAAGUUUCUUGAUCCUGUGACUAUUGCAAAGAUACAAGUUUUGGAGCCAAAGUCCUUGUCAAAGUUACUUGAAACAAUUGAUUCCAGUCAACUUCCAGAUUUCUUGGGAGGCGUAUGCACAUGUGCUAACGAAGGAGGGUGCUUGAGGUCUAACAAAGGACCAUGGAAUGAUCCUGAAAUAGCCGAGCUAGUACAUCACAUGGAAGUGAAUCCCAUACCACAAACUACAAAAGCUCCUCUUCAUGUAAGAGAUCAUGAUUCACAGGAACCGGCUCAAGGAGAAUGGUCUCAACCCCAAUUACUUAACACGAGCUCUGAAAACUCUUGUUCAACAAAUACAUCAAGAAGAGAAGAUUCAUCCAUAAACAAAGAGAUUGUUCUUCAGUGUUUGGAUCGUCUUAAGAAGCUGGAGAAAGAAUGCACAGAGAUUAGUAGAAUCCCUGUAAAGACCCCGGACGAAAAUGAGAAGCUAUUAACUGGAACUCUCGAGAGGAUCAAGUCUCUAGAACUUGAUCUCGACAAAACCCAAUCAGUAUUACAUUUAACGUUAGCAAAACAACUUCAGAUCACAGAACAGCUUGACUCUCAUUACGAAGAACAAAGAAAGCGAUGCUGCAUCUGAAGCUUUGGGACAUAACCUUAUGGAUACAUAUUGUUACUAUAUAUUUAUUUACAGAACUGAGAGAAUGAAAAAAUUCUAUACACAGAUAUUUGGGAAUUUUUUCUUCUUGUAAACAAUUCUUUAAAACAUUCCGUGUGUGCGGGAAGUAAUAUAAACAUUUAAGUUUGUA